AUGGCAGACCGAGAGCAGCCCGUAACGCUGCGCACGCGCAAAUUCAUCCGCAACGCCCUCCUCGGUCGAAAGCAGAUGGUCGUUGACGUCCUCCACCCGAACCGCGCCAACGUCUCCAAAGACGAACUCCGCCAGAAACUCGCCGAGCUCUACAAAGCCAACAAGGACCAAGUGUCCUGCUUCGGUUUCCGCACACAGUACGGUGGAGGGAAAUCGACCGGGUUCGCUCUGAUAUACGACAGCCAUGAGGUGAUGAAGAAGUUCGAGCCGCAUUAUCGGUUGGUCAGGUACGGGGCGGCUUCGAAAAUUGAGAAGGCUAGUAGGCAACAGCGCAAGCAACGCAAGAACCGAGCCAAGACUGUACGGGGGACGGCCAAAGGGAAGGCGGCGGCGUCGAAGGAUAAGAAGAAGUAA